AUGCAACUCUUACACCUCCCACAAGAAGUAAUCCUCCUCAUAAUCAGCAAACUAGAACCGCCAGACCUCGCUCACCUCCUCCAAACCAAUAAAUUCUUAUAUCACAUCCUCCACCCAGAACUAUGCAAAAAUAACAUCAAGACCACCGGCGGCCUAGCCAUAUCAUAUUACGCAUUUUGGGGCUAUACAGAGGGUAUACGAGAGAUGAUCAGAUUAGGCGCUGCAGUCGAUAUCCUCAAUCCCAGAUGGAGAGAUUAUUCUCCCCUGAUGCUUGCCCUGACUCGACAUCAUGGCCCUGCGGUACGGAUCCUCAUUGAUAAUGACGCAGAUGUUAAUUUGCUCGUCCAUCGGACGCCGUUGGAUUUGGCUGUUUUGACGGCCCCGCCUGAUGAUCUUUCGUUGAUUGAGCUAUUGCUGGACCGGGGCGCGAGGGUUAAUCUUCAGGGAUACAAGUCUCGUACAGUCUUGUUUACGGCGGUACUAUAUGGGCAUAUGGAGGAGGUUAAUUUACUUCUGGCGAGAGGGGCUGAUGUUAAUGCGUGUGAGGCUGGUGGUCGGUCGCUGUUGACGCUUACUCGGAGUAUUAGGCCGGAGAGAGAGCAAUUGCUGCUUGAUAUGGGAGCUACGGAGUAA